AUUGUGGAUGAACCAGAAAAUGUGGACGUGUAUGGAAAGAGCGGGGGGAGAUAACAAUGGCAGAGAAAUUGAGUUUGCAGCCUCUGGCUAUUGAGCUUUCUUCAACUGUUUUCGGCCUUCACUCUUUCAAGACGCAGUGGCCUUCUGUAGUUUCUACCCCAAGGCCCCGACUGCGGUGCGCGGUUCAAAUGUCGACUGGCGCCAGCACUGGUAACCCGCCGCCCAUAGUGAUUGACUCGCACUUGCACGUUUGGGCUUCUCCUGAACAGGCUGCGCAGAAGUACCCAUAUUUUCCGGGCCAGGAGCCCACAUUGCCGGGUCACGUCGAUUUCUUGCUUCAGUGCAUGGGAGACGCUGGUGUAGAUGGUGCACUCAUAGUGCAGCCCAUUAAUCAUAAAUUUGAUCAUUCAUAUGUAACAAGCGUGUUGAAGCAAUAUCCAUCAAAAUUUAUUGGUUGUUGCCUUGCAAAUCCAGCUGAAGACGGAACAGGCAUCAAACAGUUUGAAGAUCUCAUUUCCAAGGAUGGCUAUCGUGCUGUGCGUUUCAAUCCAUACUUGUGGUCGUCUGGUCAGUUGAUGACAAAUGCAGUUGGAAAGGCCAUGUUCGCCAAAGCUGGAGAGCUUGGGGUUCCAGUUGGUUUCAUGUGCAUGAAGGGUCUUGAUCUGCAUAUAUCAGAAAUUGAAGAACUGUGCACAGAAUUUCCUUCGACAGUUGUUCUGCUUGACCAUCUGGGUUUCUGUAGACCCCCAAAAAAUGAUGAAGAAGAACAAGUGUUCUUGAACCUGCUAAAGCUUUCCAGAUUUCCACAGGUAUAUGUGAAAUUCAGUGCACUGUUCAGAGUCUCAAGACAUCCUCAUCCAUAUGAAGAUUUAUCCGACAUUUUGCCCAAAGUAGUCUCCAGCUACGGUGCCAACCGCGUCAUGUGGGGAAGCGACUUUCCUUUCGUUGUCCCCGAGUGUGGCUAUAAAGAAGCAAAAGAAGCAGUGGUUCAGCUGGUCCAACGUGCAAAGUUAUCAUCUUCCGAGCUGGAAUGGAUCAUGGGUCGAACUGUUAAUCAAAUCUUUAACAGUCGAUGGUCGUCUUCUUAGAAAUCCAUCGGUCUGAUCGCCCUCGAAUUCGAGUGAUGAUGAAACAAGAAUGUUGGGAGUUGAGAAGAGCAGCAUAUUAUGGCCUUUGUUAAUAACUAAAAUUGCUUAUUGUAGGAAUGCUAUCUGUAUCUUGUUAAAAACUUCUUUCCAUAUAUAAGUUAGAAAUGAUUUUCAUUAAAUCUCUGACUGUUUUGAACUAAUUUAUUUUGUAUUAAUUGUAUGACAACUUUGGUAUUAAUGAAAUUUCCUUGA